ACAUUCAGAACACUGAACAGACAAACACUUCGCAAAGCUUCAACACUACGCACACCACUCACUUCACGCAUCAUCUCCAUCGCUGCCAGACAAGCACAAGCAACAAUGUCGACCACAACCACCCCUCAACCACCAACCACAAAACUCGGCAACCCCCUGAACAUUCCAAAAUGGUGUCUCUCAAAACUAACACCUCUCUUCCUCAAUCCACAAGGCNUAGAACAAAACUCUCACCUCCUCAAACCCCCAAUAAACAACUACUGCGUCUACUCGGACCCCCUGACCGUCAUGAUCGUCGGCGGCCCAAACGCACGAACAGACUACCACAUCAACAGCACCCCCGAGUUCUUCUAUCAAUACCGCGGCCGCAUGCUGCUCAAGACCGUAGAGCCCAGCAGCGGCCAGUUCCGCGACAUUUACAUUGAUGAGGGAGAAAUCUUUNUGCUGCCGGGCAAUACGCCGCAUAAUCCCGUCAGGUUUGCGGAUACGGUGGGUGUGGUUAUCGAGCAGCCGAGGCCCGAGGGCGAGCAAGAUGUGUUGAGGUGGUAUUGUGGUGGGUGUGGGGGUGUGGUGCACGAAAAGAGGUUUGUGUGUACGGAUCUGGGGAGUCAGAUCAAAGAUGCGGUUAAUUCGUUUGGAGAGGAUGAAAAGGCCAGGACGUGUGGGAAGUGUGGUGAGGUUUGUGAUGUGAGGCCCAAGCCAGAGGUUAUGGAGAGGAUGAGAACGGGUCCACAUGAUGAUUGA